CUAUCGUGAGGUAGUUUAAUCGCCCAUCACUACUUCCACUACCUACAAUUUGAAAGACAUCUAAGAAUUAUUGAAUUUGAGUGAUUUUUAUAGUAUUCUCCGAGUUUAUUGUGUUUAUCAGGUACUAUAUCCCAUUGAAAGGAUUGUUAGUAUUUGAAUGACACAAAAUGUAGUAUAAAUACACAGUUGUCAUAAAAAAUAACGAAGGGAAAGAAAUAGAGAAGUGUCAAUUUUUAGUUCGUGUUGUGUUCUCUCGUCGUGCAAUAUAGCUUGAUAAAAUGUCGGGUGAUCAUAAAACAUUGAUAAAAGGAAGUCCCUCACAGUACGUUAAGUUAAAUGUGGGCGGAACUUUGUUUUACACCACGAUCGGCACGCUUACCAAAAGCGAUAACAUGCUGCGUACUAUGUUCAGCGGCAGGAUGGAAGUCUUGACGGAUUCUGAAGGUUGGAUACUCAUUGAUCGGUGUGGCAAACAUUUUGGCACUAUACUAAACUAUCUCCGGGAUGGAACAGUGGCAUUGCCAGACAGUUACCGUGAAAUCAUGGAACUGCUAGCAGAAGCCAAGUAUUUCCUAAUUGAGGAAUUAACCGACUCAUGUCAGCAGGCUUUGGCUAAAAAGGAGAGAGAAGCUGAGCCAAUCUGCAGAGUUCCUCUGAUUACAUCACAUAAAGAGGAACAAUUACUCAUCAUGUCAACAUCAAAGCCUGUUGUGAAGCUUCUAAUCAACAGACAUAACAACAAGUAUUCUUAUACAAGUACUUCUGAUGAUAACUUAUUGAAGAAUAUUGAAUUAUUUGACAAGCUCUCACUACGGUUCAGUGGCAGAGUACUUUUUAUAAAGGAUGUUAUUGGGUCAAAUGAAAUAUGCUGCUGGUCUUUCUUUGGUCAUGGGAAGAAAUGUGCAGAGGUGUGCUGCACAUCUAUUGUAUAUGCUACAGAUAAGAAGCACACUAAAGUUGAGUUCCCAGAAGCAAGGAUUUAUGAGGAAACACUGGGAAUUCUAUUGUAUGAAAGUCGAAAUGGUCCUGACCAAGAUCUUAUCCAAGCAACAUCAUCGCGUGGUGCUGUCGGCGGCCUCUCUUGCACCAGUGAUGAGGAAGAGGAGCGCUCUGGUCUCGCGCGACUUAGAUCAAAUAAGCAGAAUAAUCAAUCUUAGCGGUUACAGUCAGGCUUGGCACGCCUUCGCAGCUCGAAACGGACUAAUGUCUGAUACCAAGCUGACUACAUUUUGCCAUUUUGCUGGCUACCUUGUUUCGGUCUAUAGACUUCACUAAACUGUGUCUAUCUUUGUGAGUUUCUCCAAUGCAAGCUCUCUCGAGGAUGGUGUUAUAAAUGAGAAGUGAUUUCAGCAAAGGGCAUUUACUUUUGGAAAGUUAAAAUGAAAUGUGACACAAUGGACUUUAUUCCUUAGUAAUAUCUAGAUGUCUUGUGAUUAGUAAAGUUUUCAAUAAAAAGAACCUAUCUCUUACAUGUCAUUGAGAGUAUAAUUACUUAUCUAAAAGAAUAGUGACUGUGUGAAAUGAACAAUUUAAACAAUAAAUGUGUUGUAUACGAUUCAAAUAAAAUACAGUAUUCAAAUAUGAGUAUCUUAAAAAAUAUGCAGCAGUGAAUUUUUAUCACUAAGUCAUAAAUCUCUGUAUAUCUAGUAAAAUAUUGAUGUAUUAUGAAAAUUUAAUACUAGCUAAGCUCCGUCUUAAAUGGUGUAGGCUUUGCUGUAUGUGCAAAUUUAUAUAAAUGUAAAAACACUACUUACAUAGAUAGCUCAAGAAAAUUGCCAAAUCAAUGUUGUCUAGAUGUUAGUGUGUCUUUAUAAAGCUUGAAUACAUUAAAUAUCCUUGUUCAUGAAAUGUUAGUUCUUUAAAAUCUGUGGGAUGAUGAAUGUUAAAGAAUGUAUUCCUUUAUAAAAUCUAUUUGAACUUAUGACUGCUUUAAACAUAAUAUAGUUAGUGUAGUAUAUUAUGUCAUUUGAAGACAAGAGUUUUACUCACCUGUAUACUGUAUUCAUCAAACUGCUCUAGAAUUAUCCACUGUCAUUAUUUUUGCUGUUAUUUUUUUUAAUGAACAUAAUGAUAUUAUAUUGUAUUGUUACUUAGUUGUUUGUGAUGGAAUUAACAGCAUAAAGCGGUACCAUGAUAACACAUAAAAACUUGUAAUAUAGUUGGUGACUAUGAUCCACUCGAGAAACGAUAGUCAAUCUAGUGUAGUCUAUUUCACUUAAGGCAAAUAUUCAACCCAAAAAAUAUUUUUAUGGGCCUCGUUGAUAUCCGAAGAGUUGUAAUUUCUCAUACCCUAUUAAUAUUGUAAUGAAAGUAAUGGAAUUUCACCAAAAAUGAAAUGUCAUAGAUUUAAAAAGUGGGUAAAUUUAAGAUUCUAGAACUGGCUGCUGAAUACAAAAUACAAAAUAAGUAAAUAUUUAUGAAUGUAAAAUGGGAUAUCGUAAUAUCAUUCUUAAAUAAAAAAAAAAUAUAGGUAUUAAAAUGCACCUUCUCUUAACAUUGCCAAUAGGGUAGAUCAAUGUAAAAAAAAAGUAUCUUGCAUAUCUUGCAAAUUAAGGCAUUAAUUGUGGAUUGCUAUAGAUGUCUAUAUAAUUAAUAUAUAUUAUUAUAACAAUGUAUGACUUAUCAUACUUAUUUAGCAAAACAUGAGUGAUUGAUGUGAGGCAGUAAAGCUUAUAAUUCUAGACAUGGUCGGUUAAUGAUCCUAUUUUGAUGUUUGUAAACUUGUUAGUAAAAAUCAUUAUCAUAAUGGGUCAUAUGUUAGACCUCGAAUUCAAGUAUUAACAAAAAUUACAAUGGAGUCUAGGUUAAUAAAAAUGUUUUAUGAAUCAAGUGGAUAGCAAUGUCUAGUCUGAUUUUAACAGCCUGUUCAAAAGGAGUGGCUUUAAAAGAGCAACAUUUCUUAACAACCUUUUAACGAGAACUAGUAUCAACUUUGCUUGUGGCUCCGUCCACACUGAAAUUCCUGGAUGGAAUAAAACUCGCAUUGUGCACUCAUUUAUCAUAUAAAAGUAAAUAAUCAAAAAAUCUAUACAUAUGAUUAUUAUGUACAGCCUACAAAAUUGUGUUUUCGCAGUUGAUCCAUUAACUGCUAGAACAAAUUCAAGUACACAUAUGUCUGCCUUAGGGUUUGUUUCUCAAUGUCUGAGUAAAUGUUUAUCAUCAAAUAAAAUAUAGGGCGACCAAAUAUAAAAGUCGUGCUCCCGAACGAAUGGUAAAAAAGAGUAUGCAUCACUGUCUGUUCCAUAUUUGUUAAUCUGCGGAGAACAUUCACUUGAACAUUGUGAAACAGAUCCUUAGUAAAAUUCAGUAAGACAGGUGACAACCUGUUGCUUCUUCAAUUAAGAAUUUUUGUUAUAUGAACAGGAUGCAUAUCCUAUUGUUAUACCUAUGUAUAUUGUGCAGUGAUAAGGGCCUCGUUUGCUGGAACUAGUCGGUACAAUGUAACCCAUAUGUGGUUGCAAUCCAAAACAAAAUUGUAACUUAUAGUUUUAUAAAAGCUGCCAGGGAUGCGAGAGGCUAAUAUAUUUAGUAGUAUUCAAUAUUCCAUUUCACUGUACAAAACUUAUCACAUAUAACUUAUAAAUGUAGUUAAGCAUAUUUAUCAAUUCAGGCAAGACUGGUUUCAUAUGAAACCUAUAUGAUAUGUAGUAAUAUAAUUGAAAUCUUUAUAAAAUUGCAUAUUACUGAUUUUUUCUCUUUAAAAUAUAUGCUCACUGUUUAGCUGUC